AUGUCCAGGAGAAGCCCCAGUGCCCAGCUCCAGCUGCCAGCUGAGAGCGCCCCCAGCCGAGGAGAGCAGGCCCGGCAGCUGCUCAUCGACCUGGAGACCCGAGGGAAUCAGGCUUUUCCCAUCUUCCUCUCGAUCCUGCGGGAUACAGGGCAGGGGGAGCUGGCAGACCUGCUGCUGGAGGAGUGUGAGCUCCCUCUGGUGCCACCAGAGCCGCGGGACCUGCGGCCUGUCCCGCUGGACCUGCCUGGAGAAAAGCACGACAGAGGUGGGACCUUCCCUGAACGUGUGUCCAUCCCUGUCCAAGCUGAGAGUGAAAGGCCUCCCAGGACCCAGGGUCUGGCUGUUGACAAGAGGAACGAGGAUCUGGUGUACCAGCUUCGAGCCAACCCUUGUGGGUACUGCCUGAUCCUCAACAACGUCACCUUCAGCAGGGCCUCGGGGCUCUCCAGGCGCGACGGCUCCGACCUGGACUCCCAGAAGCUGGAGAAACGCUUCAGGUCCUUGGGCUUCCACAUCCUGCCUCGCAGGGACCUGACAGCUCAGGAAAUGGUUUCAGAGCUGCAGAAGCUGGCACAGCAGGACCACACCACCUUGGACUGCUGCGUCGUGGUCAUCCUGUCCCAUGGGUGCCAGACGAGCCAUAUUCAGUUUCCUGGCGGCGUUUUCGGAACGGAUGGAAAACCCAUUCCAAUCGAAAAGAUUGUGAACUAUUUCAAUGGGUCCCAUUGCCCGAGUUUGAGAGGGAAACCCAAACUCUUCUUCAUCCAGGCCUGUGGUGGAGAACAACGGGAUCGAGGCUUUGUGGUGGAAUCUGAUUCCCCUGGAGAUGAAGCUCCUGGAGGUUCUUCGGAGUCGGAUGCGACUCCUUUUCAGCCUCCACCGGGUAACGUGGACGAGCCUGAUGCUGUAGCCAGUUUGCCCACACCCAGUGACAUCUUGGUCUCCUACUCAACUUUUCCAGGUUUUGUCUCCUGGAGGGAGGCCUCAAGUGGCUCGUGGUAUGUGGAAACUCUGGACAGUGUGCUGGAGCAGUAUGCCCCUUCAGAGGACCUGCUGACCCUCUCUUCUCAGGUGGCACAUGCUGUCUCUGCCAAGGGCAAGUACAAGCAGAUCCCAGGAUGUUUCAACUUCCUCCGGAAAAAGUUCUUCUUCAGGUGUAAAUGA